GAUUAUUAUUGUUGUGAUGAUAGUUCGCGCUGUUGUUAUUUAAUUUAAAUGAUAACUGUAAACUGUUGGCUGUUGGAUGGAUGUAAAUUGAAUGAUAACUGUAACAUGUGCAUUACUCUUGUCCACAGCAAAGUUAUGCUGGAGACAAGAUCCGCAGUUUAUAAAAUGUUACAGCCAUCAGCAAAUGAAGAAAGACGUAUUACUAAAUGGCCACCGGCAUAUUCAAUGUCAAUGACACCAUAUCAGGAGAGUGAUUUUGAUAUAAGAGUACGACGUGCAUGUUUGUCAGUGUCCAGUGCUCCAAGAAUUUCAAAACUGAUUGUUCUCGGUGAUGUUGCUGUUGGUAAAACGUCAUUAGUCAACACAUUUUGUCACAAAUCUUUCAAUAAUAAUUACAAACCAACAAUCGGAGUUGACUUUGAAGUGGAACGAUUUGACGUACUCGGGGUUCCAUUCAAUUUACAAAUAUGGGACACUGCUGGACAAGAACGAUUCAAAGCAAUAGCAGCAUCUUAUUACCGCGGGUCAAAUAUUAUAAUGCUGGUAUUUGAUCUGACAAGUUUGCUGUCAUUAUCACAUUGCAGGCAAUGGCUUGAAGAAGCUGCCAGAUCAAACACUGGAGAUUAUCAUAUAUUUCUUGUCGGUACAAAAAGAGAUUUGAUGUCAAACCAAGUGUACAAAAUAAUCGAAAAACGCGCAAUUGCUAUCGCGGAGUCAUUGAAAGCCGAGUACUGGUCAGUUUCAUCAAAAACGAAUGAUGGAAUCACGGAAUUAUUUUCCCGGAUUGCUGGUUUGUCUUUCAACGCUGCCAUUCUAAGGGAAUUAAAUUCUCAUAAACAGCAAGAGAUCGGAACAAAUUUAAUUACAUUGAGAAGACAUGAACCUGAAAGUGAAAAGAAAACUAAACAUUUUAAAUGGCUGUCAUGUAUAAAUUAGCAUUAAAAUUUAUAUUUUUUAAUUUUAAAAUUAAAUAACUACUGUAAUUAUUAAUGAUACUGAAGUUAGCAGACGUCUAAUAAUUUUUGGAUUUUUUUUUAGACGAUAAAACAGAACAAAAAAAUAUUUGAAAAAAUUGCA